AUUGGGAAGGGGUCGGGUUUGAGUCCAGACCUGAGGGCUUUACUUGUCUUCGCCGGGGUCUUUGCUCGUCCGGUCGCGACUAUGUCGUUCUGCAGCUUCUUCGGAGGCGAGGUCUUCCAGAAUCACUUCGAGCCAGGCGUCUACGUGUGUGCCAAGUGCGGCUAUGAGCUGUUCUCCAGUCGCUCGAAGUACGCACACUCAUCCCCAUGGCCAGCAUUUACUGAAACCAUCCACGAGGACAGUGUGGCCAAGUGCCCUGAGAAAAACCGACCGGAAGCUUUAAAGGUGUCCUGUGGCAAGUGUGGCAAUGGGUUGGGCCACGAGUUCCUCAAUGACGGCCCCAAGCGGGGACAGUCGAGGUUCUGAAUAUUCAGCAGUUCUCUGAAGUUCAUCCCCAAAGGCAAAGAAGCUCCUGCCUCCCAGGGAGACUAGGAGAUGGACUGCGAAUGGGACUGCCCUGGCCAACCACUCCAGCCUCAGUCACUGUAUGAUCUGCUCUGGUUAAAUCCUUCUGUGCCAGCCCAGGGUGGUGAUGACCUGUGACCUUCGAGGAGGGAGGCGGGCUGAUGCCGGCGACUCUUGGAUCCUUGUCUUCUGGCAGAGAAAACAGAAGUCCAUUUCACAAUCAGCAGGCUCGUCUUGCCUCACUCUGGCUUGGGAAAGUAACUGUUACCCCAUUAGUCAGCCAGCGUGGGGGCGGGGGGACCCUGUUUUCACCACACCAUCCAGCAUGUCCCUCUUAAGAGAAAGCCACUGUACCUUAUCCUGUGUGCUUGGAAGCUCGUGACAUCCGGGAGAGUGGGUGACGUUGAGGCCCUCUCCCCCUUGAUUCCUCUCUGGAGUGAGCAAGUCAAAGUGAAUAAACCCAAAGCCUGAGCCAGUGGC